CGGGAUCGGCGAUCGCUCGCAAGAUCGCGGCGGAGGAGCCGGAGAGCCGCGCGACGUAUCAGCUGCUGUCCAACAUCUAUGCCGAGGGCGCGUCAGGAUGAAGGCGGUAGGACCUGGAGCAGGACUGGGAUUGGCUCCCGUUGUGGGUGUUGCCACUGCGAGCAAGAAGAAGCGCGAGUAUAAGCUCACGAAUCGACUCCAGGAAGGCAAGCGACCACUCUAUGCCAUCGCGUUUAAUUUCUUGGAUAUGAGAUAUCACAAUACCUUUGCUUCCGCCGGUGGAAACAGAAUUACAGUCUAUCAGUGCUUGGAAGGAGGUGCUGUGGCCGUGCUACAGGCUUAUGUCGAUGAGGAUAAAGACGAAUCGUUUUACACAGUUACUUGGGCCUGCGAUCUCAGUGGCUUGCCUUUGCUCAUUGCGAGCGGAAGCAACGGGAUUAUACGCGUUAUAGACUGCGGAAUGGAGAGAUUGUCGAAGAGCUUUGUUGGGCAUGGAGAUUCUAUCAAUGAGUUAAGGACGCAGAGUCAGAACCCGUUUUUGAUAGCGUCUGCAAGCAAGGAUGAAUCUAUACGACUUUGGAAUCUACAAACAGGUGUCUGCAUCUUAAUAUUUGGUGGAGCUGGCGGUCAUCGGAACGAAGUACUUAGUGUGGACUUCCAUCCAUCCAAUACAUUUCUUCUAGCUAGCUGUGGAAUGGACAACAGUAUAAAGAUCUGGUCGUUUAAAGAUUUUUGGAUAUAUGUGGAGCAAUCUAAAACCUGGACUGACGUAUCCUCUCGUUUUCCCACCAAAUACGUGCAAUUUCCGAUUUUUAACGCAGUUGUACACUCAAACUACGUGGAUUGUACUAGGUGGCUCGGCGACUUUGUCUUGUCCAAGAGUGUGGAUAAUGAAAUCGUUUUGUGGGAACCAAUCUUCAGAGAGCAUUCUUCCAACGACGGUGCUGUAGAUGUCAUCCAGAAGUACCCAGUGCCAGACUGCGACAUAUGGUUUAUAAAAUUCUCGUGUGACUUUUACUUCAGUACCAUGUCAAUAGGCAACAGGGAAGGCAAGGUUGUUGUUUGGGAUCUCCAAUCCAGUCCUCCGGGCUUCGUUGCAAAGCUCUCACAUUCGCAGUGCAAGUCGCCCAUAAGACAAACAGCAACUUCUGUGGAUGGAAGCACCAUCCUGUGCUGCUGUGAAGACGGCAGCAUUUGGCGCUGGGACUCUGCACCGUGACGAUCAACUCAAAAUUCCCAGCGGGAUCUUUACAAUAUAGUUCGGUACGCGUACAUAUACAAGACUUGAACUUGAGAUCAAAGGAGUGAAUUAUUUGAUUUGCAUCUGAUUUUGGUAAGGUCGGUAAGCUGUUGGACUUUUUGGGCACUGCCUCUAAAUAAAAGGGCACCUCGUUAUCUUUGCAUUUGUAGUGCUUAGUGAGAUUUUAUAGUGCUUAGUGAUUAUUCAUCAAAAAAUGGCUUGCAAUCUGCCAUCCGUGUUAGCAAUGCUGGUCAUGAUCUCUCUGGUUUCAAGCUGCACGGCAGACAGUUCUAUAACUUUUGGUAACAUCACCAAAGACUUUGUCACGAUCCAGCAAAAGCUCCAGUAUUGCAACAAGACAUACCCGCAAGCUUCAGGCUUCUUGUCUCCACUCAUCGACUACGCUGGCUUGGGCACCACGGGCAGUCCUCCAAGUCUCAUCGCCGUCCUGCGCGGGAUCAUAGACCUCCUCGAUGAUUUGCUGUUUGCAAACUUUGGGAGCACUCCAAAGCUGCCACCCGGUUUCUCAUCAUGCCUCCAGGAAGUGAUCGACAGGCUACUCCGUCUUUUAUACUCCACCACUGGAACUUACAGGAUUCUCGUCUCGUUCUUGCUCGCAAGUGUAUACCUCGUCAAAGGCAUCUUGGCUCCUUGAGGCGAGAAGAUCUUCCGUUAGUUUGAGAAACGAGCAUAGGCCAUCUCUACAUUGAUAUGAAUAAUAGUAAUAAUACUAAGAUGCAAACCAAUAAUUGAAUUA